UAUCAAAUUAUAUCAUUCACCACCUCUUCUCUCACUCUCUUCACUUUUUUUUCCCUUUUCUUUUUUCGCACCCAAAUUUCACUAAUUCUGUUCCUUCUCCGUUUCUCUCUUUCACCCAUUCGUGGGUUUCUUUUCUCACUUUCCUCUAAUCAACAACAAAAACCAUCCUCAAAUUUAGCUUCCGGGGUUACGAUUAUUUUUUGAAUUUUUUUUCUGUUUUUUUCUUUCUGAUUUUGCGAGGAAGAAGGAGAAGGUGAAGGGGGAUAAUGUCGAAGAAGAAAGGUAGUGGGAGCACCAUGACGCUCAAGGACUUCCAUGGCGGUUCUAUACCUUCUGAUCUCCCUCUCCCUUCGGCUCCCGGCGUAACUGUGAGGCCUUCCGACCGUGUUGGUUAUGACCGGCCUACGUCGUGGGGAAACCCGAUGGGGAGGCCGGAUCAUUGGUCUCGGCCACACACUUCGCCUGCAACUAGGCAUUACGAUGACAAAUCCCUGUUUCUUCCACAUACUACCACAAUUGGGAGGAAUUUUGAUGAGGAUGAGAGGAAGCCGCUGGAUGGAAGUUCUGCCCCAAGGAGACAAAUUAGUGAUGAGAGCCUCCGUGCUCCUCUGCCUUCUCGUGUUGAGGUGAAGAGAAGCAGUUCGUUAAGCAGGCAAGUGGCUCCGGUGUCCCCUGUUGGGAAUGCUAAUUCGUACUCGGCUAGGCUUGCCGAGACAGUUCAUGUGGGAGUAAAUUCUCAGAGUUUUGGAGCUAGUAAGGAGCAUGGAUCAGCUGCUGCUGGCUCUGGUGGUGGUGGUGGUUAUCCAAAUGCGUGGUCAACGAGGAAGGAGGUGGCAGGUACUGUUGAGUCGGAACAAGCUGCUUGGUCUGCUGCUAAUGCUGUUUCCAAGUUGACUCAUGCUAGUGCCCUUGAUAAGGUGGCUUCUGGUAGAUGGCAGUCAGUCAAUUAUCAGACAGAUGUUGAGGUGGUCAGACCUUCCGAAGUGGAGAGUAGACCGCAUGCGUUUAUUAAUAGCAAUAGGUUGGAUAUAGUGCGUCAAAAUGAGCAUUCUGAUGAAAUGCUAGCAAGACAUGCUGAAAGGAGUUUAGGUAUUGAUAACCAGAUGCGAGGUGGUAGGAAUGAGUUACUUGAACAUGAUAGGUUGGGGAUUUCCAAGUAUUCAGAUGUGCGUCCGAGAAGUGUAGGUCAGUUUUCUGACAGGGUUCAGCCUGCUCGAACUGAUGCCAAAUUUGUUGGCUCUGAAUCACAACACCAUAUAGCUUCUGAACCAAUUGAGCGACCUAAACUGAAGUUGCUGCCUAGAACAAAGCCGCUGGAAAGUUCAGAACCUUCUGUUAUAGAACACACCCAGGGAUAUCAUCAAGUUAAUGAUUCUAGCCAUGUUGAACCUGUUUAUCAGGGACAUGGACAUGCCAGUCUUGUGAAGCCAGUUUCAACUGGAACCGAAAGUGGGAAGGAUUUAGGACAGCGUCCAAAGCUGAAUUUGAAGCCUCUGAAGCCCCGGCCUGAGGUCUAUGAACAGUUAGAAGGAAACAGGGAAAGAGACAGGAAUGCUUUAUUUGGUGGAGCUCGCCCUCGAGAAUUAGUUUUGAAGGAGCGAGGUGUUGAUGAUGUUGCAAUCAAAAACUAUGAUGUGGUUGAGAGUUCAAACAGGGUUGAGCAAAACAUUUUGAGGUCCGAGAAGCUUCAUGAUCAUUCAAUCCAGAAUCGAUAUGGUGAAAAAACCGACGAUGGUCUCAAUCAAAGAACAGGCCGAAAACCUGAAAGGAAGGAGCAAAAGGUAGAUGGUGAGAGGGCUCUUGGACAGAGGAAGAAUUGGCGCAGCGGUGAUAGUAAUAACAAUAAUAACAAUAAUCGGAGAAACCCGAGGGAAGCUGAUAGGCAGCAAGUCUCUGAGAGGCAUUCUUCACCUGAAACAUGGCGCAAGCCUGUGGAAUCAUCUCAAGGUGACGGUGGCCCUCGCUACGGUAGAGCAGCUUCAGCAGUUGAACUUGCUCAAGCAUUCUCAAAAUCCGUGUCAGAUCCCAAAGUAAAUGAUAGUAGGUUUUCAGGUCAAAGGGAUUUGAACAACGGGAGGCCACAAGUGCCCUUUUCAAGGCUUGUUGGUCCUACUUCAAGACCACAGAUAAAUGGUUAUUAAGUCUUUGGUGGAAAAUUGGGACCUAUUAGAGACCUGAAGACAGCAUUUGUUUCAUGCAAACUGUGGAAUUGCUGAACAUUCCAUGGAGUGAUUGUAGUUUUACUGAUUUUACUCUCUUAUUAGCAUGAGUGAGAGAAUUAAAACAGGUGCAAAGCAUUUGUCAUGACGAUGUCUAUUUACAAUCGCCAUGUCUUGAUUUAUUUCUAGACCUGUAUUUUUUUCCUUCUUUUAAUCUUCCCCAUCUUCUGUUA